AAGCCAGCCUUCCUGUUUCUUUAAAGCCGCUCAUCUGCGCAGCGGGCCGGCUGCCGGCGGCGGCGGGAGGCAGGCUGCGGGGAGCCGGCUGCGGGGAGCCGGCUGCGGGGAGCCGGCUGCGGGGAGCCGCGGGCGCACGGACAGACGCACCGACACACGGACGGACAGAGCCGUCCCGCCGGGGCUCCGCUGCCCGCCGUGAGCGAGCGGGCGCAGAUGGGCGGCAGCGGGACGGCAGCGGCAGCAGCAGCAGCAGCGGGCAAGGGAUCGGAGCGGCGGAGCAGCCGCUGCUGAGCCAUGCGGAGCUCGCCGCUGGCGGAGGGCGAGCCCUGGCCGCGGCUCUGCGCUGCCGAGCUCGGGGGGCUGCGGCGGCUGCGGCGCAAGCACGGCUGCAAAAGUUUCCGCCUGGAGCUGAAAGUGCUGAGCGGGAGGCGGACGGGGCUCCGCGCUGCCCCGCACGCCGCACACGUCCCCCCCUCUCCCGCCGCCGCCGCCGCGCCGCCGCCCGCCUGGGAGCCGCGAGCCGCCGCCUUCGCCGCCGCGCCGCCGCCUCCCGCCGCCCGCCCGCCGCCGCCGCCGCCGCCCGCCGCCUCCUCCCCGCGCCCGCGCCCGGGGCCGGGGCCGGGGCCGGGCGAGGCGGCCGGCGUCUCGCCGGAGAUCAAAGCCCUGCAGCAGACGCGGCGGCUGUUGGCCAACGCCCGCGAAAGGACCCGCGUCCACACCAUCAGCGCUGCCUUCGAGGCGCUGAGGAAGCAGGUUCCCUGCUAUUCUUAUGGUCAAAAGUUGUCCAAACUGGCCAUCUUGAGGAUAGCCUGUAACUAUAUCCUUUCCCUGGCCAGACUAGCAGACCUGGAUUACAGUGCUGACCACAGUAACAUGAGCUUCUCUGAAUGCGUGGAGCAGUGCACUAGGACCUUACAAGCAGAAGGAAGAUCUAAAAAAAGGAAGGAGUAAGAACCAGGAAGGGAGGAUUCAGAAGAGCUUCCAGACAGAGUUACAUCUGUUCUUGGCAAAGGUUGCACGAUCCAGAUGAGGACUGCAAGCAUCUUUUUUUGCAGAAACCCCUUUUUGAGAUGACAAUUGGGCAAGGAACUUUCUUAAUCUUUGGAACAGAAAAGAAGAAAGGAAAAGGGAAAAAAAAGGGACAGGGAUGCUUCUUAUUGUUGUUAAGCCAGCCACCUUUUAGUACGUGCAAUUUGUUUAGCACUUUUCCCUUUGCUUAACUGGGAAAUGUUACCCUCUCAGCUCAUGUGUACAGUAAUUUUUCAUUGUUGUUGUUGUUGCUGUCGUGCCAAAGAUUUGAUGGAGCUUCUACACUGUGUCUUAUUUUUGCCUUAAUGUUAAAUCUUUGAGCCAAAGAAAAGUCAGAGGUGCCAUUCAGAGGGUGGCGAGCCUGCUGUCGGUGACAAACCUGAAUUUCUGAAUCCUUCUGUGAGUCACCUCUUGAUUCCUCCUGCCUGCAGCCCUGGAGCCAGCAUUCAGUUUGGGCAAGAGCCAGGACAACACCAAAUCAUGCUUCGGCGUUCCAGUUUGUUUUGUCCCUUUUGGGCAAUUUCCUGACGUUCCCACCUGCGCGACACAUCCACAGGGUAGAAAUACUGACACCAAGUAAGAGUUGGAAGAGGACUUGUGGUUCAUUUGUUUAAAUAAAUAAAUAAGAUUAAGUUAGGGGAAGCUAAGUGCCAUGUAAAGCAAAGAAACAAAGGCAAAACAAAUGAAGGUUCAGCUAGGCAGAGUGAAACGGAGCAAAACGAUUCAGCGGGUUUGUGAAGUCGUUUUCUUUCCGUGGGGUUGUUCAAGUGGUCAGAAACUCACAUAAUGCAAAAGGCAUUUGAAUCCCAUACUGUACCUUUCACUUCAAAUUGAAGUAAAAAAAAAAAAGGAAAAAAAAAAGAAGAGAAAAAAGGAAAAAACCUUGAGAAACACUCUCUUGGAGUAAGCAGACUUUAUAGGUAAUGCAGUUCGUAUGCAAGACAUCUGUGAAUGAUGGGGGCACACAGCUCUGUGGUCAAGUAAAACACCAAUAGGGUUUGCAAACCAAGGAAAUGGAUGGAUUUUGUUUGCCACUGAAGGGAAAAGGUUCUUUGUGAGGCCAGGUUCACAUCCUGGCUAUGUCAGUGUGAAUGAGGUUCCCAAGUGUCUGGCUUACUCCAGUUUGGAUCCAGCCAGGCAUUGCUGGGCGCUGGGGAAGGCGAGGGGCUGGGUGAGCAAACAUCAGCGGGCAAGGGAAGGGAAAAGCCUCUGGUUUACUGCCUGAGUACAAGACUUGAGCUCCUCAGUGCCUGCCCCUGUAUUUCCCAAGCUGAGCAACUGGCAGAUGAACAUGGAACAGGGGAGCUGGAGUGCAAGACCUGAGCUCCCUAAGCAGGGUCUGGGUCUGGUGCUGGGCUACACAGUGACGAUCUGCUCACUGCCAAGUCUCCUGGCCCAGGCAAGCACGGGCAAGCUGCUGGUGAGGAUGCUUGAGAUGUCUUCUACCUGAUUGUGGGACACAUGAGGGACAGCUGUGUCCAAGGCCCCUCCCAGGGGCUCACUACACUGCUCAACCCUCUGCCCUCACCGCCGGUCAUUAUUAGUAGCCCAAUAAAAUACGUUUUUUAGAUUGUCA